AUGUUUAAAAUUACAUAGACUCAAAUUUUGGAAUGGGUUAAGGAUGGUAAUACUGAAACCCUGCGCAUAUUUUUCGAAUAAUGUCUACAAUAAAAUCAGGAUGGUUUGAAUUCUUUUUUCAAAAUGGUUGACAAGGAAAAACGGAAUGUAGUCCAUUGGGCAGCUUAUUUAGGUUAAUUAAGCUUGCUAGAGAAAUGGCUUUAAUCGCAUUCCUAAAUUAUUGACCUCAAUCAAGUGGAUCUUCAUCACUACACAGCAGUCGAACUUGCUAGCAUAAAAGGGUAAGUCAUAUUAUUUCUAUGCAAAGUUUUAUGAAGGAAUAUAAUUCUUAAGUUUAGUUUAGAUUAAUUAAGUUGCUUUUGGAUCAUAAAGCCAAAAUGCCCACAGAGCACAAAUAUUAACGAGCCAACCCUUUGCAUUGGGCAUAUUACUACGGAAACUCAGAAUUAAUUGAUUUCCUCUUGUCUAAUUACGCAGAUCUUCAAUAUUAAUUGGAUUAAUUUGAUAUGUAUCCAAUAGAUUACUUGUUUCUAGAAAAUCGACCAGAUGAUUAUCAGUAAUUGCGAUUCAAAAUUAUUAUAGGAAAAAAUAUAAAGGCAUUUUUAUUAAAACUGUCUAAGAAUAUGCCUUAAAAAAAGAUGGGCACCAGUUCAAAUUGCUUAGGAAUCUCAAUACUCAAAGAACCAUUGCAUAACUAUCUGUAUCCUAGAAAUCGAAUAAUUUGGAAAACCCAGUUAUGAUCAAUGAGCCCCAAUUAAAGGAACCGCCGAAUGAAUUAGAUAGUAUUGAUUAAGAAAAAAUCAAUUUACAUCUACAAUGUGGAUAAACAGCUAUGACAUUAAUGUCUAAAGUUUAAUAAACUGGUACAGCUAUUUAGAAGAGAGAUUCAAUCAGUUCUAGGAUUAGUUAAUAGUUUAAGUUGAUUUAGGAGAGAAUGAAGAAAUUACCUAAUAAGAAUGUGCAGAAUGAGUUACCUUUUGAAGAUUCAUAAUAGGAUUUUCAUGAACCAGAUGCUGAAAAGAUUCCCUCAUUGAAAAUCAUUUAACCAACUAACACACUCUUCUCAGAUCCACAUUGUAACAUUACGGAUAAAAAUGAAAAUCCAAAUAUUUAUUAAACUGAUUUAGAAAGUGAAAGAAAUCAAUAGAGACUCUUCUUAUAAUAGGAAGAUGAAUUUGGUAAACUAUUUAAGUCUAACAUCAUACCUUCUAGAUCAGAACAAUCAAAAUAUUUGGCUUCUCAAUAUCAAUAAUCACAAGUUCCUUCGUAAUUUGGAAGACAACUCUCCCAAGAAAUUCAAUUAUCAUAGGAGGAAUUUAGACCUUCAAUAAAGGAUUUUUCAAGAGUAAAAUCGAUGAGACCCUCGCUUAAGAGACCAGGACAAAAGUUGUUUAAAAGAAAAAGCACAACUUUUAAUGAAACUUAUACUAUUUUUCAUUAUGCAAAAAGUUAAACUAGGAAAUAAUUAUUUGAAUGUAGAUUACAAUUUUGGUCAGCAAGAAUAGAGUCAACCGAAUUUUUUGUAUAUUUUUUAAAGUAGAAAUGCAAUCCAUUUUUAAUUUAAUAUUAAGGAUUCAAUUGUCUUCAUAUUGCAGCUAAUAAAGGGAAAUACCAAAUUCUGAAACAUAUUUUGGAGAGUGACUAUGAGUAUUAGGAAUUAAAAGACCUUUUAAAAUUACACAGAUCAAUAACUUAAGGUUAAUUUACUAAGACAUAUGUUAAGAAAGACAUUUUUAAUAAGGUAAAUUUCAUUAAAACCAUUUUAGGUGGAGGCAUUUAAUAUAAUGACCGAUUAGAAUCCCUCUAAUGCGUUACAUUUGGCAAUUGAAAUUAAUAAUUUCGAAUGCAUGAAGAUAUUGGUAGAACAUGGUAUUUCAAUGGAUGUCUUGAAUCAUCGAUGUUUGAUGCCAAUAGAACUGACAUUCGAUGAAAAGAUGGUAAAAUACUAUGAGAAUCACUAUCUUAAAGGGAAGGAGUAAAGCUUUAAUUUUAUGGGAUACAUGUAUGUGAUUCAAACUUCAGGGAGCCAUGAUCUAUGUUAAGAUAUUGUACUAUUGUAAUUGUAGAAUAUCAGACAGUCUUUCUAAUAGCGAAACAUGGAAUUUGAAUUUCUCAUAAUAAAUACUCCCAAUUAUGCUUAUUUGAAAAAUGGAAAAGAGCAUUGCGUGAGGCAUCAUUAUUAUGUAAUCAAAUUGUCAGCAGACACUAUCUACAAGUUAGCAGAUAUCUAUUAGAUUGAAUGCUAUCAUUUCACAAAGAAGGUAAAAUUUCAUUUAACUUAAGCAUUUGACAAAAUUUAAAUAUAGAGAUUAUGGCCAUUUCGAAUUUCCCAAACCAUUGUAAAUUCAGUAACUGAUCAUUAAUGUUUUAAAUGAAGAGUUCGAUUUAGAUAAGUUUGUCUUAGAGGGAUUGGUGAUUUCACACUUCCCUUUGGAAGACAGUUCGAAGUCAUAAAAAGUAAAUGUGUUAUGGAAGGAGCUUCAAUACAAUUGUAUUCGAGAUACCAUCAGGAUAUAGACUCAUUAGAUCGCACUGAGACCUUUGAACUCAAUAGCAUCCUAUUAUGGACCUGUUAUUGCGUGGUACAUAGCGUUUAAUGUUCAAAUAGUAGGUUGGCUAAUAUUGCCGGCUUUGGUAGGAUCAGCAAUCUAAUUAUAUUAAUUGAUUGCUGAUAAGAUGCAGUAAUAUAUCGAAAUAUCAAAGUGCCUCUAUCUUACCUUCAUUUGCGUUGUUCAUGUCUCUAUGGGCUACUCUCUUUAUGGAGAAGUGGAAGAACCGAGAAUCAGAACUGAAAUACAUUUGGGAUAUGCACAAGUUUAAGUAGCAGGAACCUUAGAGAGUCAUGUAUACAGGACUUUAUACGGUUGAACCAUGCAAAAACAAGGUUGAAGUGUAUGAUUCAUUUACAACUUUUAAGAGAAGAUCGAUUGCUGAAAUUUCUGUAAUAAUGUUAGGGUUCUCGAUAAUAUUAGUAAGUUUUCUGGCAUUCAAUUAAUGGCAGGGAUAAUAGGAUCCUUAAAGUGUUUAUAUGCCUAUAAUAAUCAAUUCAUUGAAUGGGGUUAGCAUGACUGUUUUGUGUGAUUUAUAUAAACGACUAUGUAAAUUUGUGGUAAAUUGGGAGAACCACAGAUAUAAUUCUGAAAUGGAGCAUUCUUAUGUGUUAAAAGUGUUUUUAUUUGAAUUUUUAAUAUCCUACAUUUCAGUAGUUUAUGCUGUGUUAUUUAAAACAGACUAGACAUAAUUAACAUUGUCUGUGGCAAGUAUUAUUAUAACAAGAGGUUUGAUUUCUAACUUAUAAAGUAAUUGUCUACCCUAUCUCCUGUAUAACUACUUGAAGUGGGGACUAAAAGAUAAAUUUGAAACCUUCAAAGUAUUCAAGGAAUAAUUCAAGAUUUGUGAUAUGUAGUAUGUGAAGGAGAAAUUGAAAUAGGCUUAGCAGAUUGAAUUUAUGAAGAUGAUGGAGGACAGUAACAACAAAUAGCCAUAAAAAGAACUAUAUGAGGAAUACACAAAUAUUGCUAUUCAAUUUGGAUACACAACUAUGUUUUCACCUGCAUUUGCAGCUGCUCCAUUGUUCUUUCUGUUGAAUCAAUUUAUAAACUUGCAAUUUUCAAUUUCAAAUUAUCAGAGAGUUUUAAAAAGAGAAGUAAGAUUUUAAAAUACUAAAGAGAGCAUAAGCUGCUGACUCCAUUGGGAUUUGGUUGUCCAUUUUCGAACUAAUGAAUUAUUGUUCCACCUUUAUGAAUUGCCUUGUCAUAGGGAUAGUGAAUAAGGCUGAGUUCGAACGAUUGAUAGGGGAUAGCAAUCCUCUGAUUUAAGUGUUAGUAUUGGCAGCUAUCGAGCAUAUAUUAUUAUUAAUAAAGUACAUAUUAGGGAUAAUGAUUCCGGAUUGUCCUUAUUGGGUUUCAAAAGAGUUAAGAAAGUAUGCAUAUUUUGAGGGAUAGAGUGCUAAAAUUCAUGAUGAUAGCGAGAUUAUUUUUUGA